AUGUUGUGGCAAAUUUAUAAAGCCGAGGCGAAUGCACUGACCCACCAUGCACACCAUGAGCAGGAUCCGUGGCAGCGGCAGCAGCAUCUUUCCGAGGCGCUGGGCAUGUACCGCAGAGCUGAUGACCUGCUGAAGGGCCGCCUUGAGGCAUGCAGAGAAAAAGGAUUGGCGCUGCAGUGCCGCCUCAAUGCAGCGUGCCUUGCUUUGCAGGUUUCAGCGCUUUCGCAGCAAUCGGGAGAGCGGCAGCAGGCAGAAGCGGUUGCACACCGCUUCGCAAAUGCAGCCUUGGAGCUUGAUCCAGAAAACCCUCAUGCCUUGCUGGUCCUCGCACGCCUGGCAGCUGGCAGCCGGAAGUCUUUGGCAGAGCAGUAUCUGCGAAAGGCUCGGAUGUGGGCUCAGAAGCGAAAAGAUGAGGAUGCAGCUGCACAAGCGACGGAGUUGGAAAGGAGCUUGCAGACAGAAGCGCAGUUGCAGGUUGGUUCGCCAUUGGUUUGGGUGCAGAAGGGCACAGAACUCUUCAAGCGAGGCGAAAUACCGGAGGCUGAGCGCCUCUUGAAGGAGGCGGUUGACUACAUGGACCAGCAGGCACAUGGUGGUCCAAUAGAAGCACUGUCCGAACGACCCUCGCGUGCACUGGCGUUCGAUGCGUUGGAGGCGUUGGCCGAGUGUCUGGCGGCCAGGAAAGACUUCGAGGGCUCCCUCGAGUGCGGACAGCGAGCUGCUGGUCUGCUUGAAGUGGGAGCUUCACAGGUGCCAUUCGUGGAGCCCGAGCGCAGCAGGCGAGAGGGAUUGCUCUUUUUGUCCUUGGGGCAUGCUGCGGAAGCUGCCAGCAGCAAGGAGGCGCUCUCCUUCUUUCGCCGAGCAGCGCAAGCCUUCCAGAGGUCCGAUUCGAGGCCGGCACUUGAAGGGACAGCCUUGCUCGAGUUUGGCCUUCGCUUGGUCCAGGAGGUCGAUGCUGGAGAUCAACAUUCUGCUGACUUAGCCAUGCCAACUCUCGAGCGUGCCCUCGAGAAGCUGAAGCUUGCACAUGGGCAGAUGCUGAAGGGCACAUCAGCUGACAAUGCGGGUUCUCAGAAGCAGCAUGGCAUGGCUUCUGAGCGACUUCUAAGGAGACAGCUUCAGUGCCAGGUGGCUUUGUGCUCGCUUCACUUGUCGAUGGGAGAUUCCACAGCUGCGGAGGAGGUGCUGAGUGCCUCUCGACAUCUUCUUGAAGUUGAGUAUGAUGGCCCAUCGCGGUUGGAGUGGGCCAGCUUGUGCGGCAAGUGGGCCUUCGCUGCAGCAAAGGUGGGGCGACUGCAAGAGGCCGAAGACGCCUUGCGGACGAAAUGGAAGCUAGCAGGUGGCAAAGAUCCUGAGUGGGGCCAAGACGGUCCCGACAUGCAGCUUCCGGAAGGCUCAUGUCCCCAUCCAGACGGCCUACGUUUGCAGCAAGAGGCGCUGCAGAGCCUCGCACUGGUGCGGCAGAAGGUUCAAGAUGCAGUGGGUGUGGAGGAUGCUAUGUCCCGCCUUAGCCGGGCAACACCAGAAACCAGCAGGGGUGAAGUUCAGAAAGAGAUGCAGCAUCACCUGCAGCGGCUUGCUGUGGAUCCGCAAAGUCGAGACGCAGCAUCAGCUCCUCACUUGAAGGCUGGAAUGUCUUCCAGCAGAAGCGGCUUGCAAGUUUCCCUUUUGCAAGGGGGUGCUUGCUUGGCAGCGUUGGCAGCUCUUGUAGCCGGCCUUUCUGUUGCCCAAAUAGAGACGAUGAACAGCAUCGUCUGGCCUUUUCACAUACAUUCUUUUCAGACUCUACAGAAUUGGAGCCUUGCCUUCAAGUAG